AUGACAAAAAUAACACAUUGUAUUUUUGACAUGGAUGGUUUAUUAUUGGACACCGAACAAAUUUAUUCCGACGUGAUCUCCGAAAUUCUGGAAAGAUACGGAAAAAAAUACACAUGGGAACUCAAAUCGCGUUCAAUGGGCCUUCGCCAAGAUGAUUCGGCUACCUUCUUAAUAGAAAACACUGGUAUCGACAUGACCGCAGAAGAGCUUAUUAGAGAAAGAAAUGAAAAGCAUAUUCAAAGGUUCCCUUUUGCCAGACCUAUGCCCGGUGCCAUGCGUCUUGUAAAACAUCUGAAAGCACAUAACAUUCCGAUGGUGGUGGCAACAAGUUCCCACCGUAACAGUUUCAUGAUCAAAGCCUCCAACAAUCAAGACCUUUUUGGCAUGUUUGAUGAUGUCACUUGUGGAAAUGAUCCGGGUGUCAAGAAUGGAAAACCUGCACCAGAUUUAUUCCUUGUUGCUUGUGAGAAGAUCGGUAACCCGCCUGUGGAACAAUGCCUUGUAUUUGAGGAUGCACCUAAUGGGGUUCGGGCUGCAAAGAAUGCGGGAAUGCAUGUGGUUUGGGUACCAGAUCCUAAUGUUGCAGCACUACAUCCAGGUGAUAAUGGUGCAGAUGAUGUGAUUUCUUCUUUGGAAAAUUUUGACCCCGCAAAAUUUGGUUUGCCACCUUUUAGCAACUAG